UUUUGCUACAGUAAUAGCCCCAUAUAAAUCUAACCCCUUACAUAGUUGAGGUGUUCCCGAUCUGUACUGUGACACUGUUCUACAGCAAAACAGAUAAGUCGAAGGUGAAAACGAAAGUAAAGAUUUUCUUCUAAACCCAGUAGGCUAGUGUAACUUUCACAAAGAAUCGACUAAAGACGCAGAGUUUUGUAUUUCAUCUUGGCUUUGGUGAGGAGGAGCACUGACUCUGAAAUGGAUGAUGGAGAAACCCAGAGGAUACAGAUGGAGAGAUCAGGCUCUCCUUUACCCAGCUGUGUGUCUAUGAAGAGUAACAGGUCAAUGGAUCCUCCAAUUCACUUGAACACAGGAGAUAUUCCAUUUGACAAAAGGAUACAGAUGGAGAAAUCAGGCUCUCCUAUACCCAGCUGUGUGUCUAUGAAGAGUAACAGGUCAAUGGAUCCUCCACUUUUCUUGAAGAAAGGAGAUAUUCCAUUUGACAAAAGAGAACGACAGUAUAGAUUUGAUCGAGGGAAGCCUGGGAUUCUGUCUGCAAACAGCCAUCAGAUGGAUUUGUCAUCCACAUUCCAGAUGGAUCUUGCUGAUGUGCUGGAACAGAGUAAAAUGUUGAUGGUUUCUGAGAAAAAACUAAAACAAACACUGCAGAAGAGGUUUCAGUAUGUGUUUGAAGGACAGGCUAAGCCAGGAAAAUCAGUUCUGCUCAAGCAGAUUUACACAGAACUCUAUAUAACUGAGGGUGGAACUGGAGGUGUGAAUGAUCAGCAUGAGGUCAGACAGAUUGAAACAUCAUCCAAGAAACCUACAGCACAGGAGACUGUGAUCAAAUGUAAUGACAUCUUUAAAGCACAACCUGGACGAAAGUCACAGAUCAGAACAGUGCUGACAAGAGGCGUGGCUGGUAUCGGAAAAACAGUCACUGUGCAGAAAUUUAUUCUUGACUGGGCUCAAGGAUCAGCAAAUAAGGAUGUUCAUUUAGUAUUUUCACUACCUUUCCGUGAUCUGAAUCUACUGAAGGAGAAAGAAUACAGUCUGACACAACUACUUCACCACUUCUUCCCAGAAAUCAAAGAGCUUGGACCAGCUCAACUUUGUAAUUGCAAAGUAUUGCUCAUCUUUGACGGUCUGGAUGAGUGUCGCCUUCCUUUAGAUUUCCAGGCCAAUGAGAGUUGGUUUGAUAUAGCAGAACCGGCAUCAUUAGAUGUGUUACUGACAAACCUCAUUAAAGGAAAUCUGCUUCCCUCUGCUCUCCUCUGGAUAACUUCUCGCCCAGCAGCAACCAGUAAGAUCCCUCCUGACUGCGUCCAUCAAGUAACAGAGAUACGAGGAUUCAAUGAUCCUCAGAAGGAGGAAUACUUCAGGAAGCGAUUCAGUGAUGAAGACCUGGCUGGCAGGAUUAUUUCACAUGUGAUGUCAUCAAGGAGCCUGUACAUCAUGUGCCACAUACCAGUCUUCUGCUGGAUUUCAGCCACGGUUCUUGAGAGACUGUUUAGUGAAGCAGGCAGUGACGAAAUCCCCAAAACUCUUACUCAGAUGUACACACGUUUUGUUAUAUUUCAUACUUCCUUGAAAAAUCAAAAAUAUCUCAGGAAACAAGCAGCAGAGCCCUUUUCAGAAUCAUUAAGAGUAAAUAAAGAAUUCCUUUUGAAACUGGGGAAGCUGGCUUUCCAGAAUCUCCAAAGUGGAAAUCUUAUCUUCUAUGAGGAAGAUCUGAGAAAAAGUGGCAUUGAUGUGAGUGAAGCUUCAGUCUUCUCUGGAAUGUGCACAGAAAUAUUUAAAGAGGAGACUGGAUUGUGUCAAGAGAAGGUUUACUGCUUUGUACAUUUGAUUAUUCAAGAGUACUUGGCUGCUUUGUAUGUGUUUUUUAAACAUGUAAACCAGAAAUUCAGCUUCACCAAAUUUAUCUCACAACGAAAACACACUGCUCUACUAAAGGAGGUAGUGAAUGAAGCUUUACAGAGUAAGACUGGACACUUAGAUCUCUACCUCCGCUUCCUGCUUGGUCUGUCAAUGGACUCAUGUCAGGCUCUUUUACAGGGCAUUCUGUCACAUACAGGAAUUAUAUCCCAUGACACACAAAGAACGGCCAGCUACAUUAAGGAGAAGAUUAGGGAGAAUCUCUCCUCAGAAAGGACAAUCAAUCUGUUUCACUGUCUGAAUGAACUAAAUGACACCUCUCUGGCUGAGGAAGUCCAAAGUUACCUGAGAUCAGGAAGACUUACGACAGAAAGUCUCUCACCUGCACAGUGGUCAGCUCUGGUCUUUGUGCUGCUGACUUCAGAAGGGGAGCUGGAUGUGUUUGACCUGAAAAAAUACAUCAGAUCAGAUGAAGGUCUUCUGAGGCUGCUGCCUGUGGUCAAGGCAUCCAGAACAGCACAGUUGAGCAGCUGUAACCUUACUGAGAACAGCUGUGAACUGCUGUCUUCAGCUGUCAGUUCAAACUCAUCAUGUCUGAUGGAGCUGGAUAUGAGUGACAAUGACCUGCAGGAUUCAGGGGUUAAUCUGCUCUCUGCUGGGCUGGAGAAUCCAAAAUGUAAAAUCAGGUCACUCAGGCUGUCAAGCUGUAGAGUCACAGAUACAGGCUGUGCUUCUCUGGCUUCAGCUCUGAGGUCAAACCCCUCACACCUGAGAGAGCUGGAUCUGAGCUACAAUAACACAGGAGACUCAGGAGUUAUACAGCUCUCUGCUGUUAUGAAGGAUCCUACAUGUCAGCUGCAGAUACUCAGGUUGUCAUUCUGUAGAGUCACAGAUACAGGCUGUGCUUCUCUGGCUUCAGCUCUGAGGUCAAACCCCUCACACCUGAGAGAGCUGAAUCUGAGCUACAGUAACACAGGAGACUCAGGAGUGAUACAGCUCUCUGCUGUACUGGAGGAUCCUAAAUGUCAGCUGCAGAAAUUCAGGUUGUCAGGCUGUAGAGUCACAGAUACAGGCUGUGCUUCUCUGGCUUCAGCUCUGAGGUCAUACCUCUCACACAUGAGAGAGCUGGAUCUGAGCUACAAUAACACAGGAGACUCAGGAGUGAUACAGCUCUCUGCUGUACUGAAGGAUCCUAAAUGUCAGCUGCAGAUACUCAGGCUGUCAGGCUGUAGAGUCACAGAAAAAGGCUGUGCUUCUCUGGCUUCAGCUCUGAGGUCAAACCCCUCACACCUGAGAGAGCUGGAUCUGAGCCACAAUAAAACAAGAAAUGCAGGAGUGAUACAGCUCUCUGCUGUACUGAAGGAUCCUAUAUGUCAGCUGGAGAAAUUCGGGCUGUCAGGCUGUAAAGUUACAGAUGCAGGCUGUACUUCUCUGGCUUUAGCCCUGAUGUCAAACCCCUCACACCUGAGAGAGCUGGAUCUGAGCCACAAUAAGACAGGAGACUCAGGAGUGAUACAGCUCUCUGCUGUACUGGAGGAUCCUAAAUGUCAGCUGCAGAUACUCAGCCUGUCAGGUUGUAGAGUUACAGAUGCAGGCUGUGCUUUUCUGGCUUCAGCUCUGAGGUCAAACCCCUCACACCUGAGAGAGCUGGAUCUGAGUGACAAUAAAACACGAGAUUCAGGAGUGAUACAGCUCUCUGCUGUACUGAAGGAUCCUAAAUGUCAGCUGCAGAUACUCAGGCUGUCAGGCUGUAGAGUCACAGAUGCAGGCUGUGCUUCUCUGGCUUCAGCUCUGAGGUCAAACCCCUCACACCUGAGAGAGCUGGAUCUGAGCUACAAUAACACAGGAGACUCAGGAGUGAUACAGCUCUCUGCUGUACUGAAGGAUCCUAAAUGUCAGCUGCAGAUACUCAGAAUGUCAGGCUGUAGAGUCAGAGAUAAUGCUUGUUCUUCUCUGGCUUUGGCUCUGAGGUCAAACCCCUCACACCUGAGAGAGCUGGAUCUGAGCCACAAUAAGACAGGAGACUCAGGAGUGAUACAGCUCUCUGCUAUACUGAUGGAUCCCAAAUGUCAGCUGCAGAAACUCAGGCUGUCAGGCUGUAGAGUCACAAGUACAGGCUGUGCUUCUCUGGCUUCAGCUCUGAGGUCAAACCCCUCACACCUGAGAGAGCUGGAUCUGAGCUACAGUAACACAGGAGACUCAGGAGUGAUACAGCUCUCUGCUGUACUGAAGCAUCCUAAAUGUCAGCUGGAGAAAUUCAGGCUGUCAGACUGUGGAAUCACAGAUACAGGCUGUGCUUCUCUGGCUUCAGCUCUGAUGUCAAACCCCUCACACCUGAGAGAGCUGGAUCUGAGCUACAAUAACACAGGAGACUCAGGAGUGAUACAGCUCUCUGCUGUACUGAAGGAUCCUAAAUGUCAGCUGCAGAAACUCAGGCUGUCAGACUGUAGAGUCACAGAUACAGGCUGUACUUCUCUGGCUUCAGCUCUGAGGUCAAACCCCUCACACCUGAGAGAGCUGGAUCUGAGUGACAAUAACACAGGAGACUCAGGAGUGAUACAACUCUCUGCUCUACUGGAGGAUCCUAAAUGUCAGCUGCAGAUACUCAGGUUGUCAGGCUGUACAGUCACAGAUACAGGCUGUACUUCUCUGGCUUCAGCUCUGAGGUCAAACCCCUCACAACUGAGAGAGCUGGAUCUGAGCUACAGUAACACAGGAGACUCAGGAGUGAUACAGCUCUCUGCUGUACUGGAGGAUCCUACAUGUCAGCUGCAGAUACUCAGGUUGUCAGACUGUAGAGUCACAGAUACAGGCUGUGCUUCUCUGGCUUCAGCUCUGAGGGCAAACCCUUCACACCUGAGAGAGCUGGAUCUGAGUGGCAAUGACACAGGAGACUCAGGAGUGAUACAGCUUUCUGCUGUACUGAAGGAUCCUAAAUGUCAGCUGCAGAAACUCAGGCUGUCAAGCUGUACAGUCACAGAUACAGGCUGUACUUCUCUGGCUUCAGCUCUGAGGUCAAACCCCUCACACCUGAGAGAGCUGGAUCUGAGUGACAAUGACACAGGAGACUCAGGAGUGAUACAGCUCUCUGCUAUACUGAGGGAUCCUAAAUGUCAGCUGGAGAAACUUGGGUUGUCAGGCUGUGGAGUCACAGAUACAGGCUGUGCUUCUCUGGCUUCAGUUCUGAGGUCAAACCCCUCACACCUGAGAGAGCUGGAUCUGAGCUACAAUAACACAGGAGACUCAGCAGUGAUACAGCUCUCUGCUGUACUAAAGGAUCCUAAAUGUCAGCUGGAGAAACUCAGGCUGUCAGACUGUAAAGUCACAGAUACAGGCUGUGCAUCUCUGGCUUCAGCUCUGAAGUCAAACCCCUCACACCUGAGAGAGCUGGAUCUGAGUGACAAUAACACAGGAGACUCAGGAGUGAUACAGCUCUCUGCUGUACUGAAGGAUCCUACAUGUCAGCUGCAGAAACUCAGGUUGUCAGACUGUGGAGUCACAGAUACAGGCUGUGCUUCUCUGGCUUCAGCACUGUGGUCAAACCCCUCACACCUGAGAGAGCUGGAUCUGAGCUACAGUAACACAGGAGUCUCAGGAGUGAUACAGCUCUCUGCUGUACUGGAGGAUCCUAAAUUUCAGCUGCAGAUACUCAGGUUGUCAGACUGUAGAGUCACAGAUACAGGCUGUGCUUCUCUGGCUUCAGCUCUGAGGUCAAACCCCUCACACCUGAGAGAGCUGGAUCUGAGCCACAAUAACACAGGAGACUCAGGAGUGAUACAGCUCUCUGCUGUACUGGAGGAUCCUAAAUGUCAGCUGCAGAAACUCAGGCUGUCAGGCUGUACAGUCACAGAUACAGGCUGUACUUCUCUGGCUUCAGCUCUGAGGUCAAACCCCUCACACCUGAGAGAGCUGGAUCUGAGCCGAAAUAACACAGGAGACUCAGGAGUGAUACAGCUCUCUGCUGUAUUGAAGGAUCCUAAAUGUCAGCUACAGAAAUUCAGCUUUUCAGGCUGUACAGUCACAGAUACAGGCUGUACUUCUCUGGCUUCAGCUCUGAGGUCAAACCCCUCACACCUGAGAGAGCUGGAUCUGAGUGAGAAUAACACAGGAGAUUCAGGAGUGAUACAGCUCUCUGCUGUACUGGAGGAUCCUACAUGUCAGCUGCAGAAACUCAAGUUGUCAGACUGUAGAGUCACAGAUACAGGCUGUGCUUCUCUGGCUUCAGCUCUGAGGUCAAACCCCUCACACCUGAGAGAGCUGGAUCUGAGCCACAAUAACACAGGAGACUCAGGAGUGAUACAGCUCUCUGCUGUACUGGAGGAUCCUAAAUGUCAGCUGCAAAUACUCAGGCUGUCAGGCUGUACAGUCACAGAUGCAGGCUGUGCUUCUCUGGCUUCAGCUCUGAGGUCAAACCCCUCACACCUGAGAGAGCUGGAUCUGAGCCACAAUAAGACAGGAGACUCAGGAUUGAGACGGAUCUCCACUGUACUGAAGGAUCCUAAAUGUCAGCUGGAGAGACUCAGGCUGUCAGGCUGUAGAGUCACAAAACAAGGCUGUGCUUUUCUGACUUCAGCUCUGAUGUCAAACCCCUCACACCUGAGAGAGCUGGAUCUGAGCUACAAUAACACAGGAGACUCAGCAGUGAUUCAGCUCUGUGGUCUACUGAAGGACUCUAAAUGUCAGCUGCAGAAACUCAGUUUGUCAGAAUGUGGAGUCACAGAUACAGGCUGUACUUCUCUGGCUUCAGCUCUAAGUUUAAACCCCUCACACCUGAGAGAGCUGGAUCUGAGCCACAAUAAGUCAGGAGACUCAGGAGUGAUACAGCUCUCUGCUGUACUGGAGGAUCCUAAAUGUCAGCUGCAGAAACUCAGGUUGCCACGCUGUACAGUCACAGAUACAGGCUGUGCUUCUCUGACUUCAGCCCUGAGGUCAAACCCCUCACACCUGAGAGAGCUGGAUCUGAGCUACAAUAAAACAGGAGACUCAGGAGUGAUACAGCUCUCUGCUGUACUGGAGGAUCCUACAUGUCAGCUGCAGAAACUUAGGUUAUCAGGUUCUGGAGUCACAAAUACAGGCUGUGCUUCUCUGGCUUCAGCUCUGAAGUCAAACCCCUCACACCUGAGAGAGCUGGAUCUGAGCUACAGUAACACAGGAACCUCAGGAGUGAUACAGCUCUCUGCUGUACUGGAGGAUCCUAAAUGUCAGCUGCAGAAACUCAGUUUCUCAGACUGUGGAGUCACAGAUACAGGCUGUGCUUCUCUGGCUUCAGCUCUGAGGUCAAACCCCUCACACCUGAGAGAGCUGAAUCUGAACAGCAACUAUACAGGAGACUCAGGACUGAGACAGAUCUCUGCUGUACUGGAGGAUCCUAAAUGUCAGCUGGAAAUACUCAGGUUGUCAGACUGUGGAGUCACAGAUACAGGCUGUGCUUCUCUGGCUUCAGCCCUGAGGUCAAACCCCUCACACCUGAGAGAGCUGUAUCUGAGCCACAAUAACACAGGAGACUCAGGAGUGAUACAGCUCUCAGCUGUACUGGAGGAUCCUAAAUGUCAGCUGCAGAUACUCAGGUUGUCAGACUGUGGAGUCACAGAUACAGGCUGUGCUUCUCUGGCUUCAGUUCUGAGGUCAAACCCCUCACACCUGAGAGAGCUGGAUCUGAGCCACAAUAACACAGGAGACUCAGGAGUGAUACAGCUCUCUGCUGUACUGGAGGAUCCUAAAUGUAAGCUGCAGAUACUCAGGUUAUCAGGUUCUGGAGUCACAAAUACAGGCUGUGCUUCUCUGGCUUCAGCUCUGAGGUCAAACCCCUCACACCUGAGAGAGCUGGAUCUGAGCUACAAUAAAACAGGAGACUCAGGAGUGAUACAGCUCUCUGCUGUACUGAAGGACUCUAAAUGUCAGCUGCAGAUACUCAGGUUGUCAGACUGUGGAGUCACAGAUACAGGCUGUGCUUCUCUGGCUUCAGCUCUGAGGUCAAACCCCUCACACAUGAGAGAGCUGGAUCUGAGCUACAAUAACACAGGAGACUCAGGAGUGAAACAGCUCUCUGCUGUACUGGAGGAUCCUACAUGUCAGCUGCAGAAACUCAGGCUGUCAGGCUGUAGAGUCACAGAAAAAGGCUGUGCUUCUCUGGCUUCAGCUCUGAGGUCAAACCCCUCACACCUGAGAGAGCUGGAUCUGAGUGACAAUAACACAGGAGACUCAGGAGUGAUACAGCUCUCUGCUGUACUGGAGGAUCCUAAAUGUCAGCUGCAGAUGACCACAUGAUAAUCUUGCAAUCAGAGACAUAUUGUCAUGACCUGUCCUGUUCAUCCCCCAGUAUGACCUACUGGUAGGCAACCCGCUGGUCAUCCAGAUCCAGAAUUCGCUCCAGGUGCGUCUUGCUUGUUAUCCUCAAUGCUGUUAUGCUAGCUUUUUGCACCUGCAUCUUGUCAGCCCCUCGUUAGCCAUGUGUAUAAGUGCUUUCCAGUCCUGCAGUUCUCUGUUUGGUUACUAAUGUCAAUCCCCAGUUUGAUCCCUCAUGAUCCUGUUUGGCUCCCUUCUCCUGUUUUGGGUUCAAUAAAGCCCCUUUUUGUUCUCCUGA